AUGAGACUUCAUACAGUCUUGUCUUGGGUAUAUGCCCUAGGGGGCAACAGCGUCUACCAUACCAUGGCUCGGGACUCGAGCAGUGGACCUCCAUCCAAAGCCCAAGAGAUGAUCAACACCGAUUAUACCACUGUCGUCCCUGACACCGGUGUCACUCGCGAGUACUGGCUCGCAAUCGACGAAUUGAAUCUAGCUCCAGAUGGCGUUUCCCGCCCUGUCAUGGCUGUCAACGGCACUAUCCCCGGCCCUACGAUCUAUGCAGACUGGGGCGACGAGGUUGUCAUCCAUGUCACCAACAAUCUCCACCAUGCGGAGAACGGGACUAGCAUUCACUGGCAUGGUAUUCGCCAGAACUAUACCAAUCAAAAUGAUGGCGUGGUAUCAGUCACCCAAUGCCCCAGCCCGCCUGGGUCCACUUUCACAUACAAGUGGCGUGCUGUUCAAUAUGGCUCAACCUGGUACCAUUCGCACAUUGGCCUUCAGGCCUGGGAAGGGGUCUUUGGCGGGGUGGUUAUCAACGGCCCUGCGAGCGCCAAUUAUGAUCACGAUGUGGGCACCGUGAUUCUGAGCGACUGGUCCCAUCAGACCGCGGACGAGCUUUAUACUUACGCACAAACUGUUGGGCCAGUCCCGAUGGACAAUGGCUUGAUCAACGGGACCAACGUAUGGAACAACCAAGGGUCGCGUUUCCAGAUGAAGGUCCAGAAGAACCAAUCUUACCGGAUUAGACUGGUCAAUGCCGCCAUCGACACGGUCUUCAAAUUUAUGAUCGAUAACCAUACCCUGACCGUGAUUAGCUCGGACCUAGUGCCGAUCAAGCCCUAUACGGCUGACUUUGUCACUAUCGCGAUGGGCCAGCGAUACGAUGUGAUCGUCACAGCGAACCAGCAGAGGAUCGCCGACGACUUCUGGAUCCGGUCAAUUCCACAAACCGCAUGCUCCGCCAACAACUCCCGAAUCGACGAUAUCAAAGGCAUCCUGCAUUACAACCACCGGGCCGGAACACCCACGACCAGCGCCUGGGACUACGUUGACGGGUGCAUCGACGAAACCAACCUGGUCCCCGUCGUCGCCAAGAAUGUCGGCACCGCAGACUUCAUGACCCUCGAGGAUGUCACGUUGGGCAGCAACGCCGACGACCUCUUCCGCUGGGAAUUGAACAGCACCACCAUGCUCGUGUCGUGGGAGGACCCCACCCUGCUUCAGAUCCACGAGAAUACCACUUCCUUCCCGGCCUCCAGCGGGGUCAUCGAGCUCCCCCAGGCGAACGAAUGGUUUUACCUGUUUAUCAAUACCAGCUUCGUCGUGACGCACCCGGUCCAUCUGCACGGGCAUGAUUUCUUCAUUCUCUCCCAGGGCCCAAACCCAUAUAACGGCACCCUGAACACGAAGAACCCGCCGAGGAGAGAUACCGCGCUCUUGGAGGGCCAAGGGCAUCUGUUGAUUGCGUUCCAAACGGACAACCCCGGGGCGUGGCUCAUGCACUGCCAUAUCGGAUGGCACGUCGAGGAGGGCUUUGCGCUGCAGUUUGUGGAGCGCGAGAGUGAAAUCGAAGAUGUGAUCGACUACAAAUCACUCAAGUCAAAUUGUGGCUCUUGGCGCGCAUACGAUACGAAGUUCGACAUUCAGCAGAUCGACUCGGGGGUUUGA